UAUAUAUAUAUUUCACCAAGCUUUUUGUCUGGGUGGUACCGGCCUACCCUGGACCCCGUCCCCCCCAUAACCAUCCAUGCGCGUAUGUAUGAGGAAGGAUGUGAUGCUGUCAGUCAAUGGUCAUGUGGCAACGCCGCCAUGCUGCUGUACCAGAAGUUAAGUUUGACAGCCCUAGUUUAAAUUGAUUACUGAGUGUCUGUGCAGCAUAACAUGGUUAUCAUCUAACAAGUUAACUUCUCAGUUUCAACAGGCUCGGUCAGCUUUCAUUGUGCAUAUUUCAGAAUUUGCAUAUUUCAUUAGCCCGUGUUUGAUGUUAAACAAUAUGCAUCCUGCAAUAGCAAAGCUACACAGCUGUUGCAAUGUUUGUAUGAAUGUCUGUUUAUUUAUUUAUUUUUCACAAUAGAAUACCUUUUUGUGAGAUUUGCCUUAACUAACUACGAAUUACAAUUAUUUUCACAGAGCCAUUAUGUCCAUAAGGAGGAGGAGGAAAAAGCCUAUAGACGAUGCAAAGACAUACAUUCUGUCUUGCACUGACAAGGAUGGGUUUAUGUCGAGAUUCAUUGACCAUUACAAAGGAAGAGGAGUGUUUGCCACACAACCCAUUGAACCCGGGGACUUCGUGUUGGAGUACAGGGGUAAACUCCUCACACAGGAGGAAAGCAAGUCAAGAAAAUACUCAGAGAUUGAAAGCACAUUUCUCUUUGACUUUCAGUGGCAGAAUCAUCACUUAUGCCUGGAUGCAUCGCAAGACGAUUUUUCUCUUGGACGUUUGGUCAACGACAACCACCAAAAUCCGAAUUGCGUUAUGAAAAAAAUCAUAGUUGACAACAAACCACAUUUGUGCCUAUUUUCUCUGAAGAAAAUAGAAAUAGGAGAUGAAAUUGAUUACAACUAUGGUGAUUCAAAAUGGCCUUGGCGCAGUACGUUGAAAAAAACCCAAGCUCCUGCUGCCGCAGUAGAGAAUGAGACCAGCCCUGUUCCUCAGAUGCUAAAUGAUGGACCAAACCCAGAUCAGACCUGCUCAGAGGUGAAAGGCCUUCAGACUCCUGCUGCCGCAGUAGAGAAUGAGACCAGCCCUGUUCCUCAGAUGCUAAAUGAUGGACCAAACCCAGAUCAGACCUGCUCAGAGGUGAAAGGCCUUCAGACUCCUGCUGCCGCAGUAGAGAAUGAGACCAGCCCUGUUCCUCAGAUGCUAAAUGAUGGACCAAACCCAGAUCAGACCUGCUCAGAGGUGAAAGGCCUUCAGACUCCUGCUGCCGCAGUAGAGAAUGAGACCAGCCCUGUUCCUCAGAUGCUAAAUGAUGGACCAAACCCAGAUCAGACCUGCUCAGAGGUGAAAGGCCUUCAGACUCCUGCUGCCGCAGUAAAGAAUGAGACCAGCCCUGUUCCUCAGAUGCUAAAUGAUGGACCAAACCCAGAUCAGACCUGCUCAGAGGUAUUUACUGUCCAAGGAUUUUCACUGGUUGAUUAUCCAGAUAGUGAUGAAACUGAUGAGGAUGGUAUGGAAAACGAACCUCCCACCCCACACCUGGAUGUUAUUAUAGGGCAGAAUGAUAUUGGCCCAGAUGUUUCAGAUCAUUUGUACAAUUCAGAUGAAACUGUUGUGAAAGAAACUUGUGAUGAGGCUUCUUCAAGCAACCAUUCCAACAAUGAAUCGGAUGAUGAACUUGUUCCACGGCUGAGACGCACAAAAAGCAUUCUGAUGGAUAGAGUACAAGAUUUUACACACGGUCUCCAUGACUCAAGUAGUGACAGUGCAGAGGAGACUCCUUUUUUUAAUCCUGAAAGGGUUUCACAGAAGCUGAGAAGAAGGUCUUGCCGUCCCAUUCAGAUGAAUCUCGUGGAAUCAGAUGACUCAAACUUAGGUAGCGAAGAGGAGUAUAUUCCAAAUCCCAGGGAUGACAGCACAGAAAGUGAUAGCAGUAUGGAAUUAACCCUGGAAAAGGAAAAAAAGAAGAAAGGUGCAUCAUCCGGUAAGAGCAAGUUUAAGCCCAGAGAAAGAAGUAGAUCCUCCCGAGAGAGUGGAAGCGAGUCCUCCAGACAGAGCAAGUCUAAGUCCAUGGAGAGUGGAAGUAGAUCCUCCCGAGAGAGUGGAAGCGAGUCCUCUAGUCAUAGCCAAUUUGACUUUAGCCAGAGAAGACUUUUGGAAAGAUGUCAUGAUCCCACACAAAGAUUUCCAAAUAGCAGAGUUGAUGGGAAUGAAAAGGAAAUCGCAACAUUUUCUGAAAACAGUGUUUCAGUGCCCCUGGAAGAAGAGCAGUACAUGAUUGUCAGUCCAACUUUAAAGAAAGAUGACGGAUCCAGAAGCUAUAACAAGAAACAUUUCUGCUUUUAUUGCAAGAAGUUUGUCCAGAAAAUGUCAAGACACUUAUGGCGUAAACACCAAGAUGAAUCGGAUGUUGCGAAAGCAUUCAGUUUACCAAAAAACUCAAAGGAAAGAAAACUACAAUUGGACUACAUACGAAAUAAGGGAAACUUCGAGCACAACAGUCAUGUUUUGGAAAAAAAAAAAGGAAAACUAAUCCCAUGUAAACAACCAGUAAAAAAGUCAGACGGACAUAAAUUUGCACAUUGCAUUCAUUGCUAUGGGCUGUUCUCAAGAAGAGCGAUGUGGCGGCAUUUCAAGGUCUGCAGCUUCAAACCCAAAAAUGCUAAACCUGGUAAAAAUAGAGUUCAGGCAUUAUGUGCUUUCGCUGAACCUUCUCCAUCAGAAUAUACAGAUGCGUAUUGGAAGUUCUUGAGUGUAAUGAUUCAGGACGAGAUCACAGUUGCAAUUAAAGGAGACAACUGCAUCCUCAAUUAUGGGUUCAGGUUGUUCAAAAAGAAUGAGAAGAUAGUCAGUCAACACCAGUAUAUACGCCAAAAACUGCGAGAACUUGGCAGGCUUUUAUUGGAAGCUAAAAAAAUCACACGUGUGAGGACCAUUCAAGAACUCAUCAAACCUGAACAGUACUCACAGGUUGUCAGAGCUGCAAAGAACCUAUCUGGAUUCAGUGAGGAAACUGGGAUAUACCAAUGUCCAUCUCUUGCACGCAAGGUAGGACACAGCCUGCAUUCGUUGGCUAUGUUUAUCAAGUCCGAAGGACUGAAAAAGAGAGAUAAGGAAACCAUUAAAGAUGCUGAGGAGUUCGCACAGUUGUAUUUAGAGAGUUGGAGGUUUGAUAUUGCAGGCCAGGCAUUAACCCAGCUUAACCGGGCCAAAUGGAAUGCACCGCAACUUUUACCUCUUACACAAGAUAUCCAAAAGCUACAUUGCUAUCUAGAAGAAAAACAGCAGCAACAUCUCAAAGAUUUAAAAGAACAUCAUUCAUCCACAAAUUGGAAGGAACUUGCAAAAGUAACGUUGACUCAAGUUAUGCUUUUUAAUCGGCGGAGAGCAGGUGAAGUGUCCCGAAUGCACCUGUCUGCAUACUUAUCGAAAGACACAUCAGAGGAACAGGGAGAUGUAAAUUUGGCCCUCACACCGCUUGAGCAGAAGCUCUGCAGGCAUUUCGUGCGAAUAGCAAUUGUUGGAAAAAGAGGAAGGAAGGUUCCAGUUCUUCUAACCCCAUUAAUGAGAGAAUCACUUGAUGCUCUUACUGAGUGCAGAGAAGUAUGUGGGGUGCUGAAGGACAAUGAAUAUCUGUUUGCAUUGCCACAAUCUGCCCAUUACCUCAGGGCUUGUGACUGCAUGAGGCAAUUUGUCAGUGAAUGCGGUGACAUAAAAAAUCCUCAAGCGCUAAAAUCAAUUCAACUGAGGAAACAUAUUGCUACCCUGUCUACUGUUUUGAACCUCAAAACCACCGAGCUCGACCAGUUGGCAGACUUCCUCGGUCAUAAUAUCGCUGUUCACAGGAAACACUACAGGCUCCCAGAAAGCACCCUCCAAUUAGCCAAAGUGAGUAAAGUCCUCCUCGCAAUGGAACAAGGACGCCUAGGAGAUUACAAAGGAAAGAGCCUCGAUGAAAUACAAGUCGAUGUGAAUGAGACCAUUGACAUGGAGGGACCUUUAGCUGAGGAUAUUGAAGAUGUCGGUAUGCUAAGAGAUGAUGGGUCAGACGAUGAGCUCAUAUCAUCCACGCAAGAAUGUACCUCCACAUCACAAAGUCAAAACCAGAGAGUGUCUUCAACCGAUGUCAGUAUGCCAAGAGAAGAGGGGUCAGAAGAUGAGCUCAGCGUGUCAUCCCUGCAAGAAUGUCCCUCCACAUCACAAGUCCAAAACCGGAGUGUGUCUGCAAAAAAAAGAGGAAAACAAACGGCCGUCAAAAGAAGCUGGACCCCAGACGAGUGUGCUGCCGUGGACACACAUUUGAGGAGAUUUAUUGUAAUGAAUCAAGUUCCUGGGAAAGAAGAAUGUCAGCGCUGCAUUACUGCAGAACCUCAAGCUCUCAGAAAUAGAGACUGGAAAGCAGUUAAAUAUUAUGUCAAAAAUCGCAUUACAGCCCUGAGAAGAAAAGUCUAGUGUGAAAAGCAAUGGAACUGA